CAAACACCUCGCUAUUACCUUUUCACUCUUCCGCUUUUUUUUUUUUAUUAACAGCUGAGCGGAGAGUAGCGAAAGUGAGACUGCCGCCAAGAGAAGAAGAGCUCGUUUCAAAUGUCUGGCGAGACUGAAGCUGCGCAAUUUAGCAACGGCACCGAUGCGGUGCAAGUUAUCUCUCCAAACGAUGAUCACCGCGUCACCCCCGGCGACGAUGAGAGACGGCACCUCAACGACGCCGUUCGUUCUUUGCCUUCUCACGCUGUCAAAGACCUGCUCUCCGCUGGGGUGUGUAUAAGAUGCAUAUUUAGACUGUUUGGGAUCAGUGAUCAUGCUUAUUUUCGCUCCUCUUUAUCGCCUUCGGUGAUGUGUAAUAUUCUCGGAGAGGGAGAUUCAAGUAGUUCUGAAUCUAUGGAAUCAGAACUCAAACUCGAAGUGUGCAGAAUUUGUUUAGGUAUCUUACAGUUUAUUUAUCGCGAUGAAAAAGAAAUGCUGGUGAAAAGAAAGAAUGGUGAUGAGUUAGCUGCAUCAAUUGCUGAGCUAAUAAGGCAAGAAGGACAUCAAAUUGAUGGUUUUUCUCUUGAAGUUUCAAUACCGCCUAUUAUCUUCGAAAAUGAACAAGCUGUUAGAUUGUACAUGAAAAAGAAGUAUGGAUCGGAGCUUUGGUUCCAAGAAAGGCUUUCUGAAUGCAUUUCUACAAAGGAUGCCUUGAAGUUUGCGAUUGUGAAUCCCCUUGAAAUAAUAUUGGAUGUUAAAUCCGGCCCAAGCUAUGUCCGCAUCCGUUUGACAUACACUGAAACUAAGCCAUCAAUCAUACCUUCGAAAUCAGUAGACAGGAAUGGGGGUUCGAAGAGAAGAAAAACAGGGACAAACAAUGGUUUGGACACUGUUCAUAUUGAGUUAGUGGGGAAUGGAACUGGUUGUUGUGAUUUAUCAUUGGGUCAAGGAAGUCCUGCCUCUGGAAGGUCUUCUACUGGUUUGGCUGAACAUGAAUCUUCUGAAUGCUCCAACUUCCCUCUAGAGAGGGUCAAUGAACCCUGCCACUUGGUUUUCCUAUGCUGCAGGACACCUAUCUAUUUUGGUGGGAGAUAUCUGAAGUUCUCUAGAAAUGUGAGUCAAACUCGUUGGAUCAUUGAUGAUGAAAGAAUGGGAGAAGCAUCCAUUGAGGAGAUAAUAGGUGGCAACAUUCUUCCAAUGUGUCAAGGUGACAGUUACAAGUUUCAUGCUGCUGGUAGAGAGGAUAUCGAUGUUCGGAUGCUGGGUUCAGGCAGGCCUUUCCUGGUAGAGGUACAUAAUGCACGCAAGGUCCCAUCUGAGGCUCUGGUAAAAGAAAUAGAAACAAGGAUGAAUAACUUGGGGAAUAAAUUGGUAGGGGUGAAAAAUCUUAGUCUAGUAACCAGUCAUAGCUGGGACUUGAUGCGUGAAGGGGAAGCAGAAAAGCAGAAGCAAUAUUGUGCACUGGUAUGGAUUUCACGACCACUUGAGGAUGAAGACUUGCAGUGUAUAGCUUCACACAAUGAUUUGCAAAUUUUGCAGAGAACCCCAGUAAGGGUGCUUCACCGCCGGAGUCCACUAGAACGCGGGAAGAUUAUACAUUGGAUGAAAAUUGAGCAGAUCACUGGAAGCUCUCAAUAUUUUCUUUUGCAUUUAUGUACCCAGGCUGGCACGUAUAUCAAAGAAUUUGUUCACGGGGAUCUAGGACGUACGCAUCCAAGCAUUGGAUCGAUUCUAAGAUGCAGAGCAGAGAUACUACAGCUUGAUGUUACCGACGUGAAAAUGGAUUGUUUUUUGGCUGAAUAAGAUUCUUGCGUUUAUUUUGAGGUUUUUUAAUUGACUAUUUUCUGAUUUGCAAUAUUUUGGAAAUAUCUUAAUCUUAAGUUA